AUCGUAUCCCACUACUCGCGGCCGCCUCCAAACCCUACCUCCGUGGCCGCCUCCAAACACGCGAAGAAAGGGCGAAAGCACCAUGUACACGGCGAGGAAGAAGAUCCAGAAGGACAAGGGCCUCGAGCCCUCCGAGUUCGAGGACUCCGUCGCGCAGGCAUUCUUCGACCUGGAGAAUGGCAGCCAGGAGCUCAAGAGCGACGUUAAAGACCUCUACAUCAACGCCGCCUUCCAGAUGGAUGUUACAGGGAACAGGAAGGCCGUAGUCAUCCACGUGCCGUACAGGCUCCGCAAGAACUUCAGGAAGAUCCACGUCAGGCUUGUCAGGGAGCUCGAGAAGAAGUUCAGCGGCAAGGAUGUUGUUAUUGUUGCAACAAGGCGGAUUGUGAGGCCACCCAAGAAGGGUUCUGCUGUUGUUCGCCCUCGUACCAGAACUUUGACCGCUGUUCAUGAUGGUCUUUUGGAGGAUGUUGUGUACCCAGCUGAGAUUGUGGGGAAACGUGUCAGAUAUCGCCUAGAUGGCUCAAAGAUCAUUAAGAUCUUCUUGGACCCGAAGGAACGCAACAACACAGAGUACAAGUUGGAUACCUUCACUGCAGUGUACCGCAGGCUUUGUGGCAAGGAUGUUGUGUACGAGUACCCGGUUGCCGAAACUGCUUGAAGAUCCAUAUUUAUUUGCAUAUUGGCCCUCUUGUUCAUGUAUUGAAUUUGCGACGGCUUGCUUGAGCUCGUUGUUUCUCGGAUCAUGUAUUCGAAAAAUCAAAAAUAUAGCUGUGAUGCCAAACCUAAAUAUUUGCUAGUUCGAGAUGGUAACGAGUGAAAAGUGUUGAAUUUUGAGCUUUAAA